CGGGAGAUGUGGGAGCAGAGCCUGGUGGUGUCGGUGCCGGAGAAGGAGAUCCUGCACAGGGAGCAUGCUGUGGUGCAUGGCAAGGCGGCCUUAGCCGUGGCGCUGGACCUGAAGACCUUCCUCCGCCUUCGGCCCUGCAGCGAGAGCAGGGUGUGCAUCCGCCUGCCCGGGGUCGGAGUCAUGAGGAGCUGGGGCGCCCUCAGCCUCCAGGUCCUGCGGAGGGGCUUUGCAGCUGGCAUUGAUGAAUCAAAGUCCCUCAAUGCAGAGCAGCUGGAUACACUGAAAGAGUUUGCUGGCAUUGCUGCCGGAGCCUCGGCUCCUGAGAUCCUCGCUGUUCUUGCCUUCCUUUACAUGUACCUGCCUAUUUUGGCUAACCAUGGAGAUGUUCCCAGUAUGGACGUACUUGUGUGGUCGGAGCUGCCCACAGGAGCUGGUCUGGGUUUCAGUGCUGCCUACGUUGUCUGCUUGGCCACGGCCCUGUUGACUGUGUGUGGAGCCAUCUCCUGCCCUCUGAAGGAGGGAGAAUCCAUGGCCGGGUGGACAGAAGGAGAGCUGGCUUUGAUUAACCACUGGGCCUUCCAAGGGGAGCGGGUGAUCCAUGGCAACCCCUCAGGGGUGGAUAAUGCUCUUGGUACCUGGGGUGGAGCCCUGAGAUACCAAUUAGGAAAAAUCACACCAUUAAAGAAGGUGCUGCUGCUGAAGAUCUUGCUGACCAACACAAAAGUCCCUCAAAGCACCAAGGUCCUGGUGGCUGGUGUCAAGGAGAAGAUCCUGAAGUUCCCUGCUAUAAUGAUCCCGGUGCUGGACUCCAUCGAUGCAAUUUCUCAGGAGUGCCAAAGUGUUAUAGAAGCAAUGCCUGCAAAUCCAUCACCUUUU